CAGCCCGCGUCGUGGCGCGCAUCAUCACAUCUAGUCGAUGCUCCCUAGUCCCUAAUCGAUCAUAAAAGGCUCCCUAGUCGAUCGAAAAACAGAAAGCCUAGUCAAUAUUAUUAGCCACCGGAAUCGCUCCUGUCUGUUUGGGGACGGCGGCGGCGGAAGGAGGAGGAGGAAGAGAGCCUCUCAGCACAGAUCAGGAUUUGGAGGCCGACGGCCGCGCUUUCGGAACUCAUGGCGGACGACGACUACGACGCGCUGCCCAUGUACGUCGAGGAGGACGAGGAGGAGGCGGCGGCGGAGAAGCAGAAGCGCCGGCAGCAGAGCCUGAAGCCUCCGCCGCCGCCGCGGUGGCUCAUCACGCCCGAGGAGAUGGCGAGGAGGAAGGUCAAUGAGGCUAUGGGCAGGAAGCUUUACGAGUACGACCCCAAAUUGGGAUCCGGCUGCUACACCCGAGUUUAUUUCUUGGACUUCACCAAGAUCGACAUCGAUGCAGAGACACAACAUGGUCCGAUGCGCUUUACAGAUUCACUUAUCAAAGAAAACCACAAGUUGGUCCACUCGUUAAAUGUACUCGGUCUGGAGAUAAUGUCCUCUGAUGUUGGCUACCCUAUCAAUGUGUAUGGGACUGUGAUAAUCAGAGACCGUCUGGAUAUGAAAUGCAACUACAUCUUCCGGCGCAACAGGGACAAUUGCCAACUCAUCAAGUCUCAGGGUGAUUCUCUGAUCCUGACUGGCCCAAGUAGAGGAGUUGUUUUUCUUGGUGAUGCCUAUUUUGAGAUAGAUCUGAAGAUUAGGGAAGACAGAGAGAGCGACGACAGGCAGUUCAACAAAGCAAUGAUUGAUGUGCUUGGUAGCAAAAUUAACUAUGUGGUUGGAAGGGAAACUAUUGAUAGCUGGCUGAGCUCCGUGGAUCUGAUAUUUGCAUAUGUUAAGACAGCAUUGGAGGGCACGGUUGAGAUAAAGAUUUUGUCGGGGCCUGAAUCUUUUUGUGGAAAAAUAACUGCUUGCACAACCGAUGUUCCAAGUCAGAUGCUGUUGUAUGACAGUGAUGUUGACGGUGCUGUUACUGUUGGUGAUGACAGGGUUAUCAAACUAUUGCGCCGUGCGGUCUCUGUCUCGGCGGAUCAGAUGUUGUUGCUCGAUUUCUCGGCCGGAAGUGGUGAUGGGAAUGCCAACAUCUCCCAUCGCAGAUGCAUGUUCACUCCACUGAUGAAAGGUGCAGACAGGGAUGAGAUUACGUGUGGUCUUUACAAGCUGCGAGUCAAAGUCGUUUGGUCAACACUGCUAAUGAGAUGAGGAUGAUGCUACAGUUCACGUUUCAAACUACGCAGUUUAAGAUAAGAAGAGAGGCAACCUCUCUACAUCUGCGAGUCUAAGGGAAGGGGCAAAACACUUUUUUUUUCUUUUUAAUUCACAGGUGUAAUUCACAGGUAAGGCAAAGCGCUUUCUUUUAAAGAAGCAUCAGGUUCAUCUUUCUUUCGUUAGUUAAGCCACCUUUUUCUAAGAAGGAUUUUAGUAAUUCUGGAUUAAUAGUACUUAGAAUGGAUUCUCAUAUUGAGAAAUUCUGUCUAGUGGCUACCUGUUAUGUCAGCACGUGUGCAUGGCCUUGAUUAUC